CAGCCCCCGGCGAGCCUCGCCUAGCUGCCGGCGAUCGCGGAUUCGCUGUGUGAUCGAUUCUCGGCCGAAGAUGUGGCCCGAUCUGCUGCUCCUUUUCGCAGGGCUUUCCGAAUGCAUGAGGCUGUGAUGCUUGGUUCAGCCCAGGGCCCUUCCUUCCUCCUCGACUUCACUCUCCGUCCUUCCCCCUUCUACCUUCAUUUUCUCGCAAAACACCGUCCUCGUCGAUCCAUCCUCAAAGCCGGAGGUUUUUAUCGGGGGAAGGCCGGGCGAACAUGUCGGUGCUGCUCGUGACGAGUUUAGGGGACAUCGUGGUGGACUUGCACGCCGAUAGGUGCCCCUUGACCUGCAAGAACUUCCUCAAGCUCUGCAAGAUCAAGUACUACAAUGGGUGUGUUUCACACUGUGCAGAAGGAUUUCACAGCACAGACAGGCGACCCCACUGGGACUGGAACAGGCGGCAAUUCUGUUUAUAAAUUUCUUUAUGGUGAUCAGGCUCGCUUUUUCAUGGAUGAGAUUCAUCUUGAUCUUAAACACUCCAAGACAGGAACGGUUGCCAUGGCAAGUGGAGGAGAAAAUCUCAAUGCUUCUCAGCUAACUUUAUUAUGCCGUGGAGUGUUAUUUUGGUAAUGAGAUGCACCGGAUACGAAGGAGGCAGGAAGUUGCACUUUUCAAUGCAGUUGCUUUAUCUACAGUUUUCAAUCUGAAGGCAUUUUCUCCACAUCUUGUCACACUUUUCUAUUUCACAUUGCGGGAUGAUUUGGAUUAUCUCAAUGGAAAGCACACAGUGUUUGGUGAAGUUGCAGAAGGCCUUGAGACAUUCACUAGGAUUAAUGAAGCCUAUGUAGAUGAGAAGGGGAGACCCUAUAAGAACAUCAGGAUCAGGCACACAUAUAUAUUGGAUGACCCUUUUGAUGACCCGCCCCAGCUAGCUGAGUUGAUUCCUGAUGCUUCUCCUGAAGGAAAGCCGAAAGAUGAGGCGUUCGAUGAUGUGCGACUUGAAGAUGAUUGGGUACCUAUGGAUGAGCAACUAGGCCCGGCUCAGCUUGAGGAGGCUAUUCGUGCUAAGGAAGCACACUCCCGUGCAGUUGUGCUUGAGAGUAUUGGGGAUAUUCCUGAUGCUGAGAUUAAGCCUCCAGAUAAUGUUCUCUUUGUUUGUAAACUGAAUCCAGUUACCGAAGAUGAGGACUUGCGUACAAUCUUUUCACGAUUUGGAUCGGUGGUAUCGGCUGACGUCAUCCGUGAUUUUAAGACUGGAGAUAGUUUAUGCUAUGCAUUCAUAGAGUUUGAGAACAAAGAUUCAUAUGAGCAGGCAUAUUUUAAGAUGGACAAUGCCUUGAUUGAUGAUGGGAGGAUAAAGGUGGAUUUCAGCCAGAGUGUUGCAAAACUUUGGUCCCAGUUCAAACGAAAAGAUAGCCAAACAGCUAAAGGUAAGGAUGCACUCAAACUUAGUGGAGUUCCUUACUGCUUUCAGGCUUUGAUUUUCUUGAAUGGCGAUGUUCACGUCCAACUUUGCUGGGUGGUGGGAGGAAUUGAUGCAUUUUCUCUUUUAAGUGCCCUUGGUAGAGGAGGACUUGUACGAGUUCUCUGUGGGUAAGGUUGGUAGUUUACGAUAUGCAGCUUUAGGUAUUGUCAGCAGUGGCAAGGUCUGGAGACCGUUGUGUUUCACUGAGUUAAAAGUGUCUAGGUAGAAUUUCAGGAGAAAAUAGGACGGUGUGCACGAAAACUUGCAAAUAGCUUUUUAGUGGUCGAACAAGCACAUGUACUGCAAGAAGUAUUCCAUGCUGAGCUGCUUCAAAAAUGCGUGAGCCUGGAUCUGU